ACCCCGAGUGGCUGUUCCUCCCUGAGUGAAAUGUUGUACGGUGUCCGGUGAGCGGAGCGCUGCUGUCCUGCGUUCAUUGUGAACGAGCGCUUCUAAUCUGCAAACUUUACAAACGGCAGCCCGUUCGCGUUCAGCAGCUGUCAGUUAGAGCUCUCAUCUACAGCUGCAGAGCAGUGUGAUCAGCAGGAUGAGUUCAGACGGAGGCGGUAAGCCCGUGAAGGUGGGCUCGCUGGUUGAGGUCAUCGGUAAAGGGCAGCGCGGGACCGUGGCGUAUAUCGGCGCCACCCUGUUCGCCUCUGGGAAAUGGGUGGGUGUGAUUCUGGAUGAACCCAAAGGGAAGAACGACGGAACGGUGCAGGGAAAACGUUACUUCACCUGUGAGGAGAAUCAUGGGAUAUUCGUCAGACAGUCUCAGAUCCAGCUCAUCGAUGAAGGGGGCAGCUCUGCAACGUCUCCAGAAACACCUGACUCAGGUGUGUCUAAACUGCUCAAGAAAGAAGUCCAGGAGACACCAAAAGCUGUUAAGCAGACUCCAACAGCAAAGAAGCCUCCAAUGCGCCGUAGUACCAAGUGGCCCACACCCGGCCGUCUGUCCAGCUCCAGCUCCCUCCCCUCUCUCAUCAUGGCCGGUCGUCCCUCUGUUGGAGGUUCAGGACUUUCAGAGUCAGUGUUGGCAGAGAAUGAGUCCACAGCAUCUCCCCAGAUUUCACUGGGAGCUCCUGUCGUACCGCAGCCCAGCGGCACACCCAGUGCACCUCCUCCUGCCACCCCGAGCAAGGAAGAGGAGAGUCUCCGGGCUCAAGUGAAGGAUCUGGAGGAGAAGUUGGAGACGCUGCGGAUGAAGCGCUCGGAGGAUAAAGCCAAACUGAAGGAGAUGGAAAAGCACAAGAUCCAGCUGGAGCAGCUGCAGGAGUGGAAGAGCAAGAUGCAGGAGCAGCAGAACGACCUGCAGAAGCAGCUCAAAGAGGCCAAGAAGGAGGCACGUGAGGCUCUGGAGGCCAAAGACCGUUACAUGGAGGAGAUGGCAGACACGGCGGACGCCAUCGAGAUGGCCACGCUGGACAAAGAGAUGGCAGAGGAGCGGGCCGAGUCUCUGCAGCAGGAGGUGGAAAGUCUGAAGGAGAAGGUGGAGGAGCUGACCAUGGACCUGGAGAUCCUCAAACACGAGAUUGAGGAGAAGGGUUCAGACGGAGCGGCGUCCAGCUACCACGUCAAACAGCUGGAGGAGCAGAACGGACGUCUGAAGGAAGCUCUUGUCAGGAUGAGGGAUUUGUCAUCGUCUGAGAAGCAGGAGCACGUGAAGCUCCAGAAACAGAUGGAGAAGAAGAACACUGAGCUGGAGACUCUGAGAGCCCAGAAGGAGAAGCUGCAGGAAGAGAUGAAGCAGGCUGAAGCCACGAUAGAUGAGCUCAAGGAGCAGGUGGACGCAGCUUUAGGAGCUGAGGAGAUGGUGGAGACACUGACGGAGAGAAAUUUGGAUCUGGAAGAGAAAGUGCGAGAACUCAGAGAGACCGUCAGUGACCUGGAAGCGAUAAACGAGAUGAACGACGAGCUGCAGGAGAACGCGCGUGAGACGGAGCUGGAGCUGCGUGAGCAGCUGGAUCUGGCCGGAGCUCGAGUCCGAGAGGCUCAGAAGAGAGUGGAAGCGGCGCAGGAGACGGUGGCCGAUUAUCAGCAGACCAUCAGCAAAUACAGAGAGCUCACCACUCACCUGCAGGAAGUGAACCGAGAGCUGACCAAUCAGCAGAGCAGCUCCGCUGAGCAGGUGCAGCAGCCGGCCGCCGAACUCUUUGACUUCAAGAUCAAGUUUGCUGAGACCAAAGCUUACGCUAAGGCCAUCGAGAUGGAGCUCCGUAAGAUGGAGGUAAAUCAAGCGAACCGCCAGGUGUCUCUGCUGACAUCCUUCAUGCCCGAGUCCUUCCUGAGACACGGAGGAGACCACGACUGCAUCCUAGUGCUGCUCCUCAUCCCCAGACUCAUCUGCAAGGCGGAGCUGAUCAGCAAACAGGCGCAGGAGAAGUUCGAUCUGAACGGGGGCUCGCUGGAGCGCACUGGACUGCGAGGAGCCGCCGGAGAGCAGCUGAGCUUCGCGUCCGGUCUGGUUUAUUCUCUGACGCUGCUGCAGGCCACGCUGCACAAAUACGAGCUAGCUCUGAGUCAGUGCGGUGUGGAGGUGUAUAAGCGCAUGGGGACGCUGUAUUCUGAGAUGAGCGUUCACGAGCGAUCGCUGGACUUCCUCAUUGAUCUGCUUCAUAAAGAUCAGCUGGAUGAGACUGUGCAGGUGGAGCCGCUCACCAAAGCCAUCAAAUACUACCAGCAACUGUACAGCGUUCAUCUGUCGGAUCAGCCUGAGGACUGCACCAUACAGCUGGCCGACCACAUCAAGUUCACCCAGAGCGCUCUGGACUGUAUGGGGUCAGAGGUCGGCCGUCUGCGGGCCUUCCUACAGGCGGGACAGGAAGGAGCAGAGCUUUCUGUGCUUCUAAAGGACCUGGACACUUCCUGCGGAGACAUUCGCCAGUUCUGCAAGAAGAUCCGCAGGAGGAUGCCAGGAACGGACGCACCUGGUAUUCCUGCUGCGCUCACCUUCCCUCCUCAGGUGGGCGAGACGCUGGCGGACUGCAGGAAGCAGCUGACGCGUGUGGUGGCGGUUCUGCAGGAAGUGGCGGCGGCAGGAGCUCAGAUGAUCGCGCCACUGGCUGAGCCGGAAGGAUUGAUGCCGCUUAAGAUUGAGGAUGUGAUGUUUAAAGCAGUGGAUCAGGUGUACGGCACUCACGGACUCAAUGCGUACGAGUGUCUGCGUCAGACCUGCGCCACCGUCAUCGCCACCAUGAACAAGAUGGCCACCGCCAUGCAGGAGGGAGAAUAUGAUGCAGAGAGACCGCAGCGUCCGCGUCCGCCGGUGGAGAUCCGCGCCGCCGCCGUCAGAGCAGAGAUGACCGACGCCGAGGGUCUGGGAAAUAAACUGGAGGACCGAGAGACCGUCAUCAAAGAGCUGAAAAAAUCCCUCAAAAUCAAGGGCGAGGAGUUGAGCGAGGCAAACGUUCGUCUGAGUUUGCUGGAGAAGAAGCUGGACACGUCGACGAAAGAUGCAGAUGAGCGCGUGGAGAAGAUCCAGACCAAACUAGAUGAUGCUCUCACUCUGCUGAAGAAGAAAGAGAAGGAGUUUGAGGAGACGAUGGAUGCGCUGCAGGCCGACAUCGAUCAGCUGGAGUCAGAGAAGGCGGAGCUGAAGCAGAGGAUCAACAACCAAUCACGAGCUGCCGAAGGUUUCCGUGGACCGCAAGCAUCUGGAAUCGCCUCUAUCGUCACGGGAACCGCUGCUGGAGGAAUGCCGGCAGGUGUGGGCGGCGUCUCAGGUGUGGUUCAGGUGGUGGACUCUCCUCUCCUCAAACAGCAGAUCGACGUUCAGCGACUCGCCAUCAAACAGCUGAAGAAUGAGAACUACAGACUGAAGGCUGAGAAGAUGCGAGCGCAGCUGUCGUCUCUGCCGCCGCUGCAGCCGGCGAACAUGGCGGCGGUGACGAAGGAGGCUCCGGCGGGAUCGCUGUACCGCAGAACCGACCUGCUGCUCAACAACCUGCUGAAGAUGAGCGCCGGCCUGAGAGUCGUCGACAUCACCGGGAAAACCACAGCGAGUGCGAGCUCUCAGCUGCUGGAACAGACGGCCAGACUGAAGUCUCUGAGCGACGCGCUGGAUAAACUGAAGGCUGAAGUGUCGCAGCACGUCGUUUCGCAGCAGCCUGGAGCUCGUGUGCCGUCCGACUUCGCCACGUUCCCCUCCGCCUCUUUCGUCAAGGCCAGAGCGGAGCAGAAGAGCGGCUCGGUGCUGGUGGGGAAGGUGAUGAUUCCCUGCGCUCGCGGCGCCGAGCAAACGCACAGCCUCGUCCUGUCGCAGCAGCAGCUGCAGCGUGUGCAUCGCCUGCUCAUGACGUAAUCGCCAAUCGCACGCGUCCUCCCACAAUCCCACGCUCUCAGGAAACAGUCCGGCGCCAAAGACGCAUUACUGUCCAGCAGCUGCUCGUCUUCUGAUCCUAGAGCUCAGAAAGCCUUUCAACACCCCAACACAUCCAUCACACCUUUCUGACAUGGGAUUUAAAACAAAAAUAUUGACUUUUAUCUCACAGUUCUAACUUUUUCCGGAAUAGCAACACACAAUCUCAGAAAUGAGAAAAAUAAACUCAAUUCUAAGCCAAAAAGUCAAAAAACAGAAUCAAAAGAUGUAAACUCUGGUUUGCGUAAAAAAGUCAAAUUUCUGCAUAUAACAAAAUUGACUUUUUUCUCACAAUUCUGAGUUUAUAUCUCAAGUUAAAUUUGUAACAAAAUCUUAGAAUUUGAAGAUAUAAACUUGCAAUUAUGAGAAACAGAAAAGGUGUAAAGUAAUUCAUAAUUCUAAUUUUAAACCUUGCAAUUUUGACUUUUUUCCCUUAAUUCUGAGUUUACAUUUUGUAGUGGAAAGCAAAAACAGAGCAGCAUGAUGAAAACUCUUUUCUUUUUUUUUUCUUGCAAGAUAUAAACUCAGAUUUUUUUUCCAGUUAAAAGAAAAAGAGUUUUUAUUUUAUGGUGAAAACAAGAAAUGCAUUUGUGAAAAAAAACAUUUUUAGAUCUUGCAAUUUUGACUUUUUCACAGAAUUGUGAGUUUAUAUCUAAAUCAAAAUGGCAAGAAAUGUGUGAAUUGUGAAAGAAAAAGUCUUUCCUUUUGUUUCUCCACUGAAAACAAUCACAGCCUAUGGGUUUGCAAAGACAUUUUGCGGUCAAACACUUUUCACUUUUAAUUAGCUGAACUUCAACGCCACGCUGAACGGUUCACGGAUAUCUUUGCUUCCAAGCUUUGGUUUUCUAGUUAGUCUAAUUGUUUGCUCUCACAUUUCAUAUAACGAGGCAUCAAGGUUUGUUUCUUGUCUUUUUUUUUUUUUUUUUAAUAAAGUUUUUGGUGAAGGAGGUUCAAUGGGUAACUGUACUAACACUGUAGAGUUGUUCACAUGAAACGCAGCGCCGUAGGAAAGCACUAAGAGAUGUAUAAUCGUAUAAUCGUAGGUUUGCACCAGUAACUCACUCAUAUAUUAGCGCUUCAUUAGAAUCAAAGGACCAAUCCAUCAAGACCCUCCACUAAUAACAGAAGGAGGUCGUUUGAGCGACACUCAUGAUUUAUGCAAGUCAAAAGCACAAGUGUGUUUUCAGUCACUCUUUCCUAUUUUUGACACCUUUUGCAAAUGUUUGUGACUCUUCUGAUCUGUAGUAUAAUAUGAUCCCUGGUUGAUUUGCAUUGAUUCUCUUCAAUGGUUGGUUCAGUGUUUUAAUAGUUUAUGCAUUUGACUUGUUUCUCAAUGGAAACAAUUGCAAUAAAGCUGGAAAAAGUG